ACAUACAUAGAUAAUUUUUUUUGCUGCCAAAAUCAAAACAUUAACAUCUGUUCAAUCAAACCAACCAACCCACCACUCGCAUCAUUGGGACCGCAGAGACAGCAACAAUAAUUUAUAAAAAUUUUGUUUUCAUCUUCUAGUAUUUGAUUAACGAGCAAUAACGUCGCGUUACAAACGUUUGUGAACACAAGAAUAACAAAUUAAUAAAUCAAUUUGUAAUAUAAAAUAGAAACAACAGCAACAAAGAAUGCAUCGUCGUACAGUAAUUAUAUUUAAAUCAGAAUCGGAAAGUACCGAUGUAUACGCAGCUGAAUUGCAACAUCACUACUUCAAUCCCAUAUUCGUGCCGACACUAACGUUUGCCUUUAAGAAUUUGGAGAAAUUGCGUGCCAAACUCCAACAUCCCGACGACUAUGAGGGUAUGAUCUUCACCAGUCCCCGUUGUGUCGAGGCUGUGGUGAAGGCGUUGGAUACGCAAGAGUUGCCGGGCGGUUGGAAAAUGUUGCAUAAUUAUGCGGUUGGUGAGGUCACUCACAAUUUUGCACUAACAGAAUUACAACAACUAUUUACCCACGGCAAAACAACCGGAAAUGCACGCAAUUUGGCCGAAUUUAUAAUAGACAAUCAUGACGGCACAAAAGAUCUACCCUUCCUACUGCCUUGCAGUAAUAUAGCCCUAGACACUUUAAACAUUAGGCUGCGUGAAGAUGGCUAUCGUGUAGAUGCCUGUGAAGUGUAUGAAACGAAAUGCAGUCCCGAUUUGGCCGAAAAAAUGGAUAUAGCCUUGAAGGCUGAAAAUGUUGAAUUUUUAGCAUUCUUUUCGCCUUCUGGAGUCAAUUGUGCGUAUGAAUAUUUCAAUGCUAGAAAUAUAAGCAUGGAUAAGUAUCGUCUAGUGGCCAUAGGUCCCAGUACUAGACGUGCCAUAGAGAACAAGGGUUUAAAGGUGUAUUGUACCGCUGAGCGUCCCACUGUCGAGCAUCUCAUUAGAGUUUUAAUAAAUCCUGAGGAGUGUAGAGAAAAUUUGAUACGCGAUUCUCAGGCUUCAUUGCUGGAUUGAGGAAGCAGUGUAAAAACUAAGGCUGUUGUGAUGUAUUUUGUUAAUUUUUAUUUUAUUUAUACCUACUACUUACUACUGGUAUAGUAACAAGCAAAUUGAGUUAAAUGUAUUUAAUAAUGUGGUACAAAUUAUAUUUUUUUUUUGUAAAUUUCGUAACGAAUAAAAGACAAACAAAAUUUUUAUAAAUUUUAUUUUAAGAAAAACCAAAAAAAUUGUUAAUGGAAAAUAAAUUUUUAAAUAAAUAUUUUUUUUAUUUCGCCAUUUCAAGUGAAAA